AUGAUGACGUUUAUCCUACAACAGGUCCUCGACCACUUCUUUCGGGAGAUGAGAAAACAGCCCAUCCACUUUGUUGAUGACAGUUGCAUAGGCAACUCAGGCCCUACAGCCGAUGCCGACCAUUGGGUCACCAUGGAGCGAUAUGUGGACAUUGCCUGGAAGAACAAUAUCCGCCUCCGGCUCACGAAAACCCAACUUGUCGUCCUGCGGAAUAUGCCUAUCAUCUACUACGGACGACUGUGUAGUAAUGGUUACUGCACCAUCAUUGGAGAACGUAGUGAAGCCAAGCAUCCGCACACCCGUAAAAAGAUCGACGCGCGCACCCAAGCUGAGAAUGAAGCAGAACUUCAGUACCUCUGUAGCGUUGACAUCAACGGAGACAUGCUCCUCUUGGCUCAGUCCGAUCGGCAGCUCACAGAGGCCAUCGCCUUCAGUCGUAAGAUCACAGCACGCAUGCCCCGCCCGUUUGAAGAGCCACAGACACCGGCAACCCCACAAGAGAGUAUGCAAAACAAGCCCCUGCCCUCCAACUACCACCCCACAAGAAACGCCAUGUGUACCCAUCGGAUCACUUUCCCUGUCACUAGUCCUGUACGGACAGCAAGCAGAACUGACAAGAUGAUAAAGGCUCAAACAAAGCCUGAUGGUAGUAGUGAACACAUGUCUGACAUAACAAAGAAGGUGUUCCAUGAACUACCUGAAGAUCUUGUCAGACAAGCGACAAUACCGCAAGCUAACCGCAAUCGAGAAUGCAGGCGAGUUAGGAUCACCACUAUCCCAGACCAACGAGUCAACCGUCCAAGACUUGACAUGCCCAUAGGGGGUCCAUCCACAGGAGUGGGUACACCCACUCUGGUACAGGCAAGGCCGAGGACGUCUUAUCGAACAAGACAAUCACAACCCAACCCAGCGAGGACCAAGACCUUGCCCACACUGCGGUAUAGACCCUUCGCCACAUGCGUACAGCAAGUGCCUCAAGCAAGAAGAAAGCAACCGCCAGAAAGCAGCAGCUCGUGCAGCGCAGCAAUCACAGCCCGUCCAUCAUGUAGACCAGUUAGCCAUCACUAA